ACAUCACACUUCUCUGUCCAUGAACGGUGGUUUGAGGAACAUGACAUUGUGUCUAAACUGGUGUUUUCUGUCAUAUCGCAGUGUCAACAGAAAGUUUUAGGAACUGUACAUUUGCACAUUUGGUUAAUCAAAUGAAAUAGACAGACGGAGACAAGUAGACACACAGAUAUAUAGGCUCUUCGUGAGUGUCUUGUUGUUUUUGGUUUGUUUAUCGGAGGCGGUCAUAUCGUGUUUAAAUGAGGAUGGUCGGCCUGUGGACUGGUUCAUUAUUUACAAACUACCCAUUUACAAGAUGGAGGUUAAGGGAAGUGGACUGGAAUACAUGUAUCUGGAUUCAACAGUCAUGAACUGGCAGAUGAGUAAACAAACAGUGAACAGCAGUCAAGGAGCAUUAGGCCGAACAUUAACACAACUCUACCGUAGAUAUACAUCGAACAGUUCAGUGUAUAUGGUUUACAAUGACGCUCCACCAGAACUGAAGUACCCAAGCAAUAAUGGACAUACAAAAGGAGUAAUAUUGUUUGAUCAGUCUCAGGGAUUCUGGCUCACACACAGCGUUCCUCACUUUCCUCCAUUUCCAGAGAGAGGAUACGAUUAUCCAUCUUCAGGAAAAUACUACGGCCAGACUCUGCACUGUGUUACAUACAACUAUACACAGAUUCAUAAAAUAUCACAUCAGUUAGGAUAUCUUAAUCCACGUGUUUACAACUGCUCCGUCCCUCUGGCAUUUCACCCAGAUAUCACAGUCAUGGCACAAAUCUGUGAUGCAAAGACACCGUUCAUAAAAACCACAAGGAGUUUGGAGAUGCUGGUCUCGGGACAAGGACAAACUUUUUUCAGUUUUGCUAAAUCACCCAACUAUGUGGAUGACAUCUACAUGGGUUGGGUGGCUCAAACACUGGGUACAGAUCUGCUGGUGGAAUCAUGGAUGCACCAGAAACAUCAGCUUCCCUCCAACUGCUCUCUUCCUCACCACGUGAUGAACAUUGAAAGAGUUUGCCUGCCAGGACCUCAGAUGUUCAGCUCAUAUGAAGAUCAUUCUAAGUGGUGUGUGUCAUAUGCAUAUAAAGACCAGUGGACAUGUUUGGGAGACUUGAACAGAGACAGCGGUCAGUUUGGCAGAGGCGGUGGGCUGAUAUGUUCACAAAAUCCAAUCAUUUAUAAAGCCUUUCGUAAUGCAAUGGCUGGUUUUAAACCCUGCUGAAACAUCUUUAUCAGACUGAACCACCUCUUGACCAGACAAAACCUCGACACACAUGCUGUACAUUAAAGAGGUUUUAACUUUAUUCACAAUUCAAAUUUUAGAGUUGAUACAUUGUCAGUAAACUACGAACAAGCACCAAUACUACAAGCUAGUACAAACAAAACAAUGUUGAUGUACCCAAAAUCAAAGAUAUCAAUGUACAGAUGAUGUCAUGAUGAUUUGGAAUAAAAAGCUCCGGGUCAUAAUUAAAUGACAAUAAAAUCCCAAAAAGUGA